CACAAUUACGCGGAAGUGUCCUUUCUUUAUUUAGAGUAAAGUUCACGGACGAUAUUUGACCUGUCAGAUAUUGUGCCUUAGAUUUUAACUUGAUCUCCUCCACAUCAGCAUGUUUGCACUAAAGGCACUAAGGAGUUUUUCUCCUGCGACGAAAAAUGUUUAUUUGCGGAGUAAACAGGCGUUUAGUGUGACUAUGUCGAGAAUGCAGCAUGCGGAUGUCCAGCAUGGGGAAACAGCAGCCUUUCGACCAGAAACAUCCAUGGCCAAGACACUGAUGGACAUCGGCACCAGACGGAUCUUCUCAGAGGAGCAUGACCUGUUCCGACAAAAUGUGCGGCGAUUCUUUCAGGAGGAAGUUGUUCCGUAUCACACUCAGUGGGAGAAGGCUGGUGAGGUCAGCAGAGAGGUUUGGGAAAAGGCCGGAGAGCAUGGAUUGCUGGGAAUAUAUACACCCGAGGAGCACGGGGGAAUCGGAGGGGACCUCCUGUCUGCUGCUAUAGUGUGGGAGGAGCAAAUGUACUGUAACUGCAGUGGUCCUGGCUUCUCUCUUCACUCUGAGAUUGUUAUGCCUUAUAUCAGUCACUAUGGCUCUAAGGCUCAGAUCGAGCACUAUAUUCCACAGAUGACUGCUGGGAAAUGCAUCGGGGCCAUCGCUAUGACAGAGCCUGGAGCCGGCAGUGACCUUCAAGGAGUGAAAACAUUUGCAAAAAAAGAUGGAACUGACUGGAUUCUUAAUGGGAGUAAGGUGUUCAUCACUAAUGGCUGGAUGAGUGGCGUGGUGAUUGUAGUUGCUGUAACUAACCGUGAAGCAAAGACAGCAGCUCAUGGAAUCAGUCUGUUCCUGGUCGACAGCGGCACUAAGGGCUUCCAAAAGGGCCGCAAACUGGAGAAGCUUGGACUUAAAGCUCAGGAUACAGCUGAACUAUUCUUUGAGGAUGUGCGUUUGCCCGCCGAAGCUUUGUUGGGUCAGGUCAAUAAGGGAUUUUAUUACCUGAUGAACGAGCUGCCACAGGAGCGCCUUCUUAUAGCAGUCAUGGCUCUUGCCAGCUGCGAGUUCAUGUUUGAAGAGUCAAGGAACUAUGUGAUGCAGCGGAAAGCGUUCGGCAAGACCAUCGCUGACCUGCAGGUGGUGCAGCACAAACUGGCCGAGUUGAAGACCGAAAUCUGUGUAGGUCGAGCUUUUAUUGACAGCUGCCUUCAGCUCCACAGUGAGAAGAAGCUGGAUUCGAGCACAGCGUCGAUGGCCAAAUACUGGGCCACAGAUUUGCAGAAUAGAGUUGCUACUCAGUGCCUGCAGCUUCACGGAGGAUGGGGCUACAUGUGGGAGUAUCCGAUAGCCAAAGCCUUCGCCGACUCCAGAGUUCAACCCAUCUACGGCGGAACCAACGAGAUCAUGAAAGAACUCAUCUCGCGCAACAUCGUUAGUAAAAAAUAAAUGCAGGGAGUAUAUUAAAAAAAGAUGAGGGUUUGAUUUGGUGCCUCUUAUUGCUGUAGCUGGAGCUUCACAGGAUUGUUGAUUAGAAAAAUGAUCUCAGAUGAGUUAUUCAAUGCAUACAAAUGUUCAUGUCAUGUGAAAGUCGGCUUCUAUCAUAUGAUGUCUGCAGAGAGAAGGUCUCUUCUGUUUGUGACUCUGCGCUGUAUGUAUGGAUAUUUGAAGCUACAUUUGCCUUCCAGGUGAUCGGUUUGCACCACUAAAUGCAGAAAAGUGUAAAGUUCAGUUACUUUUGUAGUGAUUUGAUUGUCUUGAUAUGUGAACACCAGCUUUGCAUACUAAUAAAUCUUUAUUAAGAUAUUCCUAAA